AUGGUGGACUAUGCAAAGAAAACAGUGGUCGAGCUGCAAGAGAUUCUGAAGGCGCGCAAUCUACCACAUACCGGAAAGAAAGCAGAGCUAGUUGCGCGUCUCACCGAAGCCGAUCAGGAAGCAGAAGUUAAUGAAGAAACGAAGGCCCCUCCUGCUGAGUCCACAAGCGCGCCGCCUGAGCAACAACCCGAGCCAGCGGCACCGGAGGUCAGCGAAACAGCCGCAGCAACAGCAACAACAACAACAGAACCCGACUCGGCAGCCCCUCAAGAGGAGGCGACGCAGACAGCCUCAGCAGAUGCUGAUAAUGCGGCGAAGUCCGCCUCCUACGCUCUCAAUCUUCCCCAGUCAGAAGUGGACGCUGAGAUGGCAAAACGCAAGGCACGCGCCGAACGCUUCGGCACCGCCGCAAGCGCUGCGAACGGAGAUGUAGGAGCGGCAGGCACUGAAAGCGCGGACGCAGAAGCCCUGAAGGCAUUGGAGCGGGCAAAGCGCUUCGGUACAGGACAGACAGCAAUGGGAAAACUGGACGAAGCUUUGCCCACCGAACCCGAACGCCGUGCUAGAAAGCGGAAUAGGACCGAUGACAACAGCACCCUGGACGACCCGGCUCUCAUCAGAAGCUUCAGUGGACGUGGUAGAGGGAGAGGUGGCAGAUUCCACGGAAGAGGAGGCCGAGACAACUCCCGGAGAAGAGCUGGUGAGAAGCCAGCCGGUGUCACCAAGCAGACUGGCACCUUUACUUCUGAAGCGGAUCGUCUGGCUGCAGAGGCCAGGAAGAAGAGAUUCGCUUCGGCCACAUGA